AUGGGGAGCCCCCGCGCCGCGUUGCUGAUGCUGCUCGUGCGCCCGAUCAAGCUGCUGAGGAGGCGCUUCCGGCUGCUGCUGCUGCUCGCCGUGGUGUCGGUGGGACUCUGGACUCUGUACCUGGAGCUGGUGGCGUCGGCCCAGGCCGGCAGGAACCCCCUGAAUCACAGGUACAGCAGCUGGAGGGAGCUGGCCAAGGCGCUGGCCAGCCGGAACAUCCCAGCUGUUGAUCCCAAUCUCCAAUUCUACCGUCCUCAGAGGCUGAGCCUCAAGGACCAAGAAAUUGCCCGAGGCAGGAGUAAGAACAGUAGCUACUUGAAGUGGAACAAGCCUGUCCCCUGGCUCUCAGAGUUCCGGGGCCAUGCCAACCUGCAUGUGUUUGAAGACUGGUGUGGCGGCUCCAUCCACCAGCUCAGGAGGAACCUGCACUUCCCCCUGUACCCCCACAUCCGAACCACUCUGAGGAAGCUGGCUGUGUCCCCCAGAUGGACCAACUAUGGUCUCCGCAUAUUUGGCUACCUGCACCCUUUUACCGAUGGGAAAAUCCAGUUUGCCAUCGCUGCUGAUGACAACGCCGAAUUCUGGCUGAGUUGUGAUGACCAGGUCUCAGGCCUUCAGUUGCUGGCCAGUGUGGGCAAGACAGGAAAGGAAUGGACAGCCCCUGGAGAGUUUGGGAAAUUUCAGAGUCAAAUUUCCAAGCCAGUGAGCUUAUCAGCCUCCCUCAGGUACUACUUUGAGGUGCUGCACAAGCAGAAUGACGAGGGUACGGACCACGUGGAGGUAGCGUGGAGACGGAAUGACCCAGGGGCCGAGUUUAUGAUCAUUGACUCCCCCUUCUUAUCUCUCUUUACAAAUGAGACCAUCCUAAAGAUGGAUGAAGUGGGCCACAUCCCACAGACAGCGGCCAGCCAUGUGGGCUCCUCCAACACUCCCCCCAGGGAUGAGCAGCCACCGGCUGACAUGCUGCAGCCUGACCCUCGGGACACCCUCUAUCGAGUGCCUCUGAUCCCCAAGUCUCAUCUGCGCCAUGUCCUGCCUGACUGUCCCUACAAACCCAGCUACCUGGUGGAAGGUCUCCCGUUACAGCGCUACCAGGGCCUUCGCUUUGUUCACCUGUCCUUUGUUUAUCCCAAUGACUAUACCCGCCUGAGCCACAUGGAGACCCACAAUAAAUGCUUCUAUCAAGAAAGCGCCUCUGAUCAGGACAGGUCCAGCUUCCAGAAGUAUAUCAAGAUGGACAAGCCGGAGAAGCAGGGCCUGGAGCGGCCAGGUUUUGAGGACGGCCUUCUAGAAGAAUCCCAGUAUGAAGAAGCACCAGAUGGAAUCCCUGCCUCUCUAGACCAGAGGACCGGGACACAGAGGAGCAAACCAAAGACUACUUCCGACCCGGGGUUGGGUGUCACUGACUACCACCUGCGGAAGCUCUUGGCUCAUUCACAGAACUCUACAGCGUCCUCUCCAGCCAGGACAAGUGACCUGCCAGUGCAGCAGCCGGAGAGAAGGACGGGGGAAGCUGACCCUGUACCCAGCCAAAAUUUGUCUCGUUCUGACAAGGGGCCCCCGAGGAACCCGCCUCUCACCCCAAGAGCCAGGCCCGCGGGUGACCAUCCUGCAAAGACUCUUGAGCAGUCCCAGUGGCUGCAUCAAGUGGAGUCCUACAUUGCUGAGCAGAGAAGGGGUGACAGGAUGGAGCUUCAGGUCCCCAGCAGGAGCUGGCACGGGGAGGAGGAAGUGGUGAUAGCAGCGGACCCUGAAGGAGACGAAGGAGAUGUGGAGGAAGCGGAGGAGGGGGAGGAAGAUGAGGAAGAAGAUAUGGGCGAGGUGUUCGAGUACGUACCUGUGUUCGACCCGGUCGUGAACUGGGAGCAAACCUUCAGCGCGCAGAACCUCGACUUCCAAGCCCUGAGGACUGACUGGAUUGACCUGAGCUGUAACACGUCGGGCAACCUGCUGCUUCCGGAGCAGGAGGCCCUGGAGGUCACGCGGGUCUUCCUGAGAAAGCUCAGCCAGAGGACCCGGGGGAGAUACCAGCUGCAGCGCAUCGUGAAUGUGGAGAAGCGCCAGGACCGGCUUCGAGGGGGUCGAUACCUCUUGGAGCUUGAGCUGCUGGAGGGCCAGCGCCUGGUACGGCUCUCCGAGUAUGUGUCCACUCGAGGCUGGCGUGGAGGUGACCCCGCUGGCAGGGAGGACACAGAAGCCCGGAACCUGCAGGGCCUGGUCUGGAGCCCACGCAGUCGCCGCAGACACGUCCUGCAUGCCCAGGAUCCAGAGCCUAAGUUAUGCUGGCCCCAAGGUUUCUCCUGGAAUCACGGAGCCGUGGUCCACUUUAUUGUGCCUGUGAAGAACCAGGCUCGCUGGGUGCAGCAGUUCAUCAGAGACAUGGAGGGCCUGUCUCAAGCCACGGGCGACUCACAUUUCAACGUCAUUAUCACGGACUAUAGCAGUGAGGACAUGGAUGUUGAGAUGGCUCUGAAGAGGUCCAGGCUGCGGAGCUACCAGUACCAGAAGCUGAGUGGGAACUUUGAACGGUCUGCUGGACUACAGGCUGGCAUAGACCUGGUGAAGGAUCCACACAGCAUCGUCUUCCUCUGUGACCUGCACAUCCACUUUCCAGCGGGAAUCAUCGAUGCCAUCCGGAAGCACUGUGUGGAGGGCAAGAUGGCCUUUGCCCCCAUGGUAAUGCGGCUGCACUGCGGGGCCUCUCCACAGUGGCCUGAAGGCUACUGGGAGGUCAAUGGAUUUGGACUGCUCGGCAUCUACAAGUCAGACCUGGACAAGAUUGGGGGCAUGAACACCAAGGAGUUCCGAGACCGCUGGGGAGGGGAAGACUGGGAGCUGCUGGACAGGAUCCUGCAGGGGGGCUUGGAAGUGGAGCGGCUGUGCCUCAGGAAUUUCUACCAUCAUUUCCACUCCAAGCGAGGCAUGUGGAACCGCCGCCAGGUGAAGAUGCCGUGACCCCUGGGGACAGCUGCUUACGACUCCUCCUCGACCCAGCGCUCUGCCUGCCACUCGCUCCAGGAGGGAAGAUGAGGAACCGAAUCCUCAGCACCAAUCACCCUCUCCACCAGGAGCUGUCCCUGCUUGCAGGGCUGAGCGCCCAGGCUCCUCGGCCGCCCACUGGGUGGACAUGGGGACCUGCUGCGAAGGAUGGCCAGCAAGGUCAAGAAGAAAACACCUGCCUGAGCCGAAUUCCGUCUCCU